UCAUUCAUGGUGCCAAGGUGAAUCUGCCUUGACCCCUCCUGCAGACACCAUGGCCCGGAGCAGGGUGCUGCUGCUUCUGCUGAUGUUACCACCACAGCUGCAGCUGGGACCAGUGCUUGCAGUGAGGGCCCCUGUGUUCGGCCGAAAUGGUGCCCACAGCCUGAGCCCUGAAGAGAACGAAUUCAUGGAGGAGGAGCCGGUGCUAGUCCUGAGCCCUGAGGAGCCGGGACCUGGCCCGGCCACCAUCAACUGCCCCCGAGACUGUGCCUGCUCCCAGGAGGGUGUCGUGGACUGUGGCGGCAUUGACCUGCGUGAGUUCCCAGGGGACUUGCCUGAGCACACCAACCACCUGUCCCUGCAGAAUAAUCAGCUGGAGAAGAUCUACCCCGAGGAGCUCUCCCGGCUGCAUCGGCUGGAGACUCUGAACCUUCAGAACAACCGCCUGACCUCCCGAGGGCUCCCGGAGGAGGCGUUUGAGCAUCUGACCAACCUCAAUUACCUGUACCUGGCCAAUAACAAGCUGACCCUGGCACCCCGAUUCCUGCCCAACACUCUGAUCAGUGUGGACUUCGCUGCCAACUAUCUCACCAAGGUCUACGGGCUUACCUUUGGCCAGAAGCCAAAUUUGAGGUCUGUGUACCUGCACAACAACAAGCUGGCGGACGCUGGGCUACCGGACAACAUGUUCAACGGUUCCAGCAACGUCGAGAUCCUCAUCUUGUCCAGCAACUUCCUACGCCAUGUGCCCAAGCACCUGCCGCCCGCCCUCUACAAGCUGCACCUCAAGAACAACAAGCUGGAAAAGAUCCCACCAGGUGCCUUCAGUGAGCUGAGCAACCUUCGGGAGCUGUACCUGCAGAACAACUACCUGACUGAUGAGGGCCUGGACAACGAGACCUUCUGGAAGCUCUCCAGCCUGGAAUACCUGGAUCUUUCCAGCAACAACCUGUCUCGGGUCCCGGCGGGGCUGCCACGCAGCCUGGUGCUGCUGCACCUGGAGAAGAACGCCAUCCGGAGCGUGGAUGCAGAAGUGCUGACCCCUAUCCGCAGCCUCGAGUACCUGCUGUUGCACAGCAACCAGCUGCGCGCGCAUGGCAUCCACCCGCGGGCCUUCCAGGGCCUCAAGCGGCUUCACACGGUUCACCUGUACAACAACGCUCUGGAGUGCGUGCCCAGCAGCCUACCCCGCCGCGUGCGCACCCUCAUGAUCCUUCACAACCAGAUCACCGGCAUCGGCCGGGACGACUUCGCCACCACCUACUUCCUGGAGGAGCUCAACCUCAGCUACAACCGCAUCACCAGCCCACAGGUGCACCGAGACGCCUUCCGCAAGCUGCGCCUGCUGCGCUCGCUGGAUCUGUCCGGCAACCGACUGCACACGCUGCCGCCGGGGCUGCCCCGCAACGUGCACGUGCUGAAGGUCAAGCGCAAUGAGCUGGCUGCCCUGGCACGCGGGGCUCUGGCCGGCAUGGCCCAGCUGCGUGAGCUCUACCUCACCGGCAACCGGCUACGCAGCCGGGCCCUGGGCCCUCGUGCCUGGGCUGACCUCUCCCAUCUGCAGCUGCUGGACAUUGCCGGGAAUCAGCUCACAGAAAUCCCCGCGGGGCUCCCCGAGUCACUCGAGUACCUGUACCUGCAGAACAACAAGAUUAGCACCGUGCCUGCCAAUGCCUUCGACUCCACGCCCAAUCUCAAGGGGAUCUUUCUCAGGUUUAACAAGCUGGCUGUGGGCUCUGUGGUGGAAAGUGCCUUCCGGAGGCUGAAGCACCUGCAAGUCUUGGACAUAGAAGGCAACUUUGAGUUUGGUGACGUUUCCAAGGACCGGGGCCAGCUGGAAGAGGACGAGGAAGAGGAUGAGGAGGACAAGGGGGAAGAGGAAGAGGACAGGCGAUAGUGAACAGGAUGAUGGACCACUGGACCCCUUUCUGUAGCACGUACCUGUGCCCUGUGAGCCACCACUCUGCCACACUCACAGAUACACCCAGCACUGCACCCACACACCUCCCAACAUGGGUUGAACACAGUCUCCCAUCCCCACCCCUUCCUACAGUUUCACGUGCAGAUACCACGACACACCCACACACAGCCAGUUGCACAUCACCCUCCAAAGGGAUCUACUCUCUGCCCCACACCUACCACUACCAUCACUCUCUCUGAGUCACAUAGACUCAGGGAAGAGUCUGACCCCACCCGGACAUGCAUGGGCUCCUGCUUCCUCCUCCAUGGACACACACACACACACACACACACACACACACACACACACACACACACGUCAUGUA